ACAGAAACGGGUUGUAAAACUUGGAUUGUGGUUUAGAUUUUACUGGAAUGAUAUCCGUCUGCGUUGGACCCCAGAGCAUUAUGGGAACAUCGAAGAAUAUCGUUUUAUGAUGAAAGACAUCUGGGUAACAGAUAUGACAUUAUAUAACAGUGCUAGUGAUAAACCCCCAUCUAUUGGAUCUACCAGCUAUGAUAUCCCGAUUAUCGUAAAACACACCGGUCAUGUUUCUUGGCUCUUUCCAAUGGUACUUAAAACAUCCUGCGCAAUCAAUAUCACGCACUUCCCCUUUGACAUACAGAAAUGUCCAGUUCAGUUUGGAUCAUGGACAUAUACAAAGGUUCAACUUGAAAUGUUUCUAAAAUAUCCCAAAGGUGAUAUCAGUGGAUUCACACCUAAUGGAGAGUGGUCAUUACUCCAUUUCACAGCAAAAAAAAACAUUAGACACUAUGCAUGCUGUGAAGAUCCAUUUACUGAUAUAGUCUACACGAUUGUUAUAAAACGUAAACCACUAUUUUAUAUCAUAAAUCUUAUACUGCCUUGUGGAUUUUUACUACUUGUUAGUAUACUGGGAUUUUUGAUGCCGAUCCAGUCCGGAUCCAGAGCACCAUUAUCAAUAAUGGUCCUUGUAUCCAUGACAAUUUUACAAAUAAC